GGCGGCUAAAAUUGAAAAAAAGGUUUUUAAGAAGAAAAUGUUGUUUUAAUGUGAAAAUGUGGCCUUAAAUCAUGUUGCACGAGCUGCUUGUUGCUUUAUCCGGUGUGAGCGGUAGUAUAUUUGUAGACAAGAAAGAACAAGGCUUUCAGGUUGAUAGAAGUUACGAGUUUUUGAAGAAUAAUUUACAAAAUUAUCUUAGUUUAGAUUUAUAAACUUUAAAACAGAUGUGUGUUACAACUUUUACGACACAAAGUGAUUGUGUUUUGCAUUUUUUAUACAGGUGGUCAGUGAUUUACCGUUUCUUCACCCGAGUGAAACAGAGAUAUUGAAUCAUUUGUGCAAGUUGGGGUCGUAUUAUCAACGUUUUGAAGCAUUUAUAAAAAGCUACAGUAUUUUGUUGCCUCAAAAGGCCACAGGUGAAGCAGGUUUGUUCAAAAGUGCAAAGAAAAGCAGGAUAGAUAUGUUUGAUAAUUCAUGCCACUGUGAAAGUUGAUAUUCAACAUAACAGGCACGCAAUUUGAAACUUCUGAAACUCACUGGAACGUUUUGAUCAUUAAUUUGCAACAGGGUUUGGAAAAUCUAAAACCCAUUAAUGGUUUAAUUAAGAAAAGAAAACCAUUAAUUCCAUAAACCCAUUAUUUCCCAUCUUCAAAACCAUUAAUAUUUUUGUAAAACAAUUUCUUGUGUCUGACCAUAGUUAAUAUAGAAGGUCUGACGAAACACUAACUUCUAAGACAUUUUUCUAUUAUUUUAAUAGAGAGCUCAGGAAAUGUAUGUGGACUGUAUUUACAAGCAUUGUGUACAGGAUUAGAUCAAAUCUUAGAACCCUAUAGAAAAACCCUUUUAGCUUUAGAACAAGAGGCAAGUACAAAAUUGGUGGAAUAUUUGAAAAAAUCCGUAUUACGAUAUUGGUAAAACUCAGUAUUCUAAUUGUAUCAAAUUUUUUAUGUUCAUAUUUAGAUAUUAAAUGAUGCUAAUAUUCCAUUAACUAGGCUACAGCAUAAAUUAGAGGAGGUAUAUAUAUUUGUUUAAAAAAUUUCCAUAACUAUAGUAUACAGACGUUAAUUUGUUCCAAUUAAAAUAAAUCAGCCUCAGUCAGUGUUAUACAUGGAGGGGGGGGGUUGCACUCCUAAUAUCCGACCAAAAUAAUUUGCACUGAUAAAUGAAACGUCCACCCCUCUUAAUUCCAUAAGUUCAAAGUUUCUUCAUUUCCCCAGCAUUAUUUGCAUGAAUUUCUUUGGUUUUCUAAAUAAUGUUUUGAUGAGGUCUGGUGUGGUGGGUGGCCGUUGGGGGGGGGGGAGGUGUCAGUUGCCCCCUGUUUCAUAUACCCAUGUUACAGUGUAUUUUUUCCCAUAGUAUCAAUUGUUGUUUCCAUCAUUGGCCAGUACACUCGAAGAAAUUGAAGCUAAAAAGGUUGUGUGUGGUUUAAAAAAUGGGUUUAUAUAAUUGGAACGCUACCUUCAGAUAAACUGCCUAUCGUUUUCUUGAAGCCAAAAUCUGACCCCUGUCUAAGACCUGCGUGUUUAUAUCAGUUGACUGAUUGAGCGCUCUUCGCAUGCGUAAAAAGACUGGUACUGGCCUUCAAGUUUGGCUUCAAAUUAUCAGUUGGAGGUAGCAUUCUAAUCAUAUUCAUUUCAAUGGUUUAGACUUAUAACAUUUACAAAUGUAAUGGACAGUAUUCUGUACAAAUAGUGCAGUGAUUAUUAAGAUAAAUUUGUAGUAAUUUGUCUUGUCUCUAGGCCAAGGGAUGUGCUAUUUUAAAUAUUUUGCAUUCUCAAUGUUCCAAUGGUAUCCCAGUGGUUAAAGAAGCUUUUCAAAGGUGAUUUUAAAGGUUGUAAUGUUGUUGUUUGU